CGCCAUAAUGAAUCUUUGACCAGAUGCGACCCUUUGAACAAAUAACGCCGACCGAAACAAAGGUGGUGGUCGAAUCAAUGAGCGAAAGAAUGGCCUCAUCAAGUCCGCUUAUCGCUGACAAUCCACAAAGCAUACAAUGAAGGAGGGGUACAAUAAUGACUCGGUACCUGCAUGGUUGUUUCUUUACCGAAUGGAGGCAUUCCGAGACACCGCCUGCAGCGCAUUGCGGGGACCAUGGAAUAAUUACCGCUUACGGACCCAUACGGUAAAACCAAUACGAGACCGGACAACAUGCCGGGGAAAUGAAUGGAGUAAUAAGCGUCUUAGAAUGACGACACUUGGAAACGCGUGCGGUUCUUAUCGAUAACCCAAAUAGGAAUAGGCGACCCGCCGACGUGUCCCGACAGUGGCUGAGUCAGCAGUCGAGAUCCCUCUGGACUUUUGCAGGGUGGGAGAGGCUUUCAACGUCUUCGCAUAGUCCCUCCAACCCUUCUGCAGGUGGCGUACGGCAUAUCGGACGCCAUUUUGUGGGUUUUGGGAUCUAUUUUCACCAUGGAUUUAUCGAGAUUGACCCGUCCGGCCAUCCUGUGCCAAUGUUUGCGCUGUUCGAGCUCCCUGGCCGCACUGGAGAAUGAAUGGGCCAAGCUUUCCAACUCUUAUUCCGUCGCAGCAGGAUGGCUAAGCGUCGAACUUCACCGAAUUUCAAUCUCGCCGGAAAAGAAAAAAAUACCACAAUCAUCAGACCUGAGUGUCCUCCGUGGACGUAUCCUGCAAGAGAUCUCCUGCAAGCUCUGCCAGCAGAAAAUAGGUGUGCUGUGUUCGCUAGAUAAUGGUCCUAAUGUCUUCUGGAAGCUAUCAAAGGUCUCGUUCCGGGAAAUCGUAUCCAUGCGCACGGUAGAACCUUCGUUCAAAGAUGGACUACUCGAGCGCCUGAUCAACCCACCUCAGAAAGAAUCGACCCGACGGGACAGGGCGUCCAUCCAACCCGGAGCCUUGGUACCGGUCGGUUCAUCCGAGAUGGACCAUUAUACCGCAUCCGUGGAGCAGCAGAUCCAGCACCAUGGACUGAGUCUCGACCAUAUCUCAAGUUCCGUGAGCAACCUACACGACACCAUGUCGGAGCUCAAAGGUGCAUUCACAGCGCUCCGUAUCGAACUGAACGGUCCCGGUCGGUUCUCCGAUCUAGGAAACACCAUGAACAACGACUUCAACAUGAUCACAACAGUCCUGAAGGAGCUGAAAUCCAAGUCAGAAGAGAUCGAAAAGCUAAAACUAGAAAUCGAGGCCUUGAAACUCAAAAACCGCUACAUGGAAGAGCAGAACACAAGAGAGCAGCAGCUACCCUCGACCCUAGCGGUACCCGCCCCACUCCCAGAAGUCCGCAGCCCGGGAUUGCUCCAAGCUGGCAGGAAGCGGCCAUGGCCGGACUCCUGGCCCAGCGGCCGCACACAACCGAUCGCCGACUCUUUCGACGACGGCGACGAGGAAGAUAGCAUCGACUUCUUCCUGGAAGACUCACAUAUGCCCCCGGUCAGGAUCCCGUUAAAGGGCCCCGAGACCAACGCAGUGAUGGACACGCCAAACGAUCCAACAGCGCCAAGAUCUUCGAACUUCCGAAUCGAAAUUAAUGAAUCAAGACGCCAAAGUCCGCAAUGGGGUACCCCCGAAGUCCACGCCAGCGUAGAGCAACAAACCAUGUCCAAACGCCCCCGUAUGUCCCAGGCUCCCGAGAAGCCACCAUCCAGCGUGGAGCUGGAGAAAAGACGGCCAGGGCGGCCACGCAAAUCCAUAAGCCAAGCCACGAAGCCAGAUUUCUCCCAGACUCAGACACCGAGGCCAACGCCAUUAAGCGAGCAAAACCCCAACAUCAGUAGCAACGGCCAGAAGGAGGAUGCACCCUCCAGCACGAGUCCCAGCCAACGCCAAUCUGGAACCGAAGCUCGUCCGGGUCGUCCCCGAAGCAUGCGCAGUCGGUCGCGGCCGCCACCCCGACGUUCAACAGGGCUUAAUGAUAGUUUCUCCGAGCAGGACCAGACACAGACACCGGAGGGUAGCCAACAGGACACCCCGCGCGGUGCAGAAGAUCCAGUGUCUUUUGAUCCGGAGACAGGCUCCGGGAAGGAAAACCCGCCGGGAAAGACAAAUGGUGCUCAUACUGAUGAUGGGAAUAAGCGUGAAGCGCAAGAAAAAAGAAAGGCACAGGUUGCCGCGCGCGAUACGAUGGCACGCUUAGCCAUGCAGCGCGAAGAAGCCAUGGAAACGGAGGCUCGCUGA